GGAAGGACGGGAGUAGGGCCCGCGUCGAUUAAACAAUUUAAACUAUUUGCGUUUGCCUGAUUCACGGCGCAUAUGCUUCCCCUAUCUUUUUAACUGCUCUUGUUAUCUUCAUCCUAUCCACUUGUUUGUAAAAAAACGUCUGUCCUUUUUAACUGCUCCUGUUAUCUUCUUCCAUGCUUGGAAAUCUAAUUUCAAUGGCGUCCAGUUCCUCCUCUAGUAUUAUGGCAUCUCCCAGUGCUAACGGUAGCAGCUAUGACGUUUUCCUAAGCUUUAGAGGCGAAGAUACUCGUGAUUCUUUUACGGAUCAUCUUUACCACGCAUUAAUACGAGCAGGAAUUAAUGCUUUUAGGGAUAACGAAGAAAUCAAGAGAGGUGAAGAAUUGAAGCUAGAGAUCAAGAAAGCAAUCAAAGAGUCUAAGGGUUCAAUAGUUGUGUUGUCAAAGAACUAUGCAACUUCCACUUGGUGCCUUGAUGAGCUUCUGUUAAUACUCGAACAAAGGAAGGAGUGCAAUCAUUUUGUUCUACCUGUAUUUUACCAUGUUGAUCCUUCUGAUGUCAGGAAACAAAAAAAUACUUUCGCAAUCAAAGUCAAAGCCUCUUCAAGGUGGACAGAUGACAACGUGAAGGUGUGGAAAAGAGCUCUUAAGGAGGUUGCUAAUUUGCGCGGCAUGGCCGAUCAGUCCAGGCCUGAAACAAAGCUUCUGGAGAAAAUUGUUUACUUUAUUUACGAACAACUGGAUCAUAAAGAAGUUCAUCUUCCAAUCAAUCUAAUAGGGAUGGCUGCUCGAUACAAGGAUGUAAAUUUCUUGUUAAAUGGAUCCAAUGCUGAAUUUUUAGCAAUCUGUGGCAUGGGUGGAAGUGGCAAGACAACAUUGGCCAAUUCAGAUCUUGGAGGUGUGAAGAGUACCAAAUGA